AUGAGUCAACACCCUCCUACUCCUCCAAUCAACCCCUCGUCGAACUCAUCGGAGCAGCAAGAAAACGAAGCAGCCGUAGCUACCGUCGACUGCCAUUACAUCCCACCACCACUACAGUCUACCACCAUCGCCUUACUGCCAUUGUCGCCCCACCGGAUACCUGCAUAUGGAACUGUGGGUGGUGACAGGUGGUGGUGGGGACUGCCCACCACAACAACGACGACGAGUAGUGGUAGCACAACAGCUCCGUUGCUUCUGUCUUCCCAAUAUAACGGUGGUAAAAGAGGAACAAAGGAGAAAGGAUUGGGAAAAAGAGAUCGGGUGAGGCUGGAAUGGUUUUAUGGUGGGCGGAGAUGUAGCUCUUCACGGUGGAGUUUUGUGGUCGAAUGGAGGCUAGCAGGUGGUGCAGUGGCUAUCUCCAUAUUGCCGGAGGUAGCAGCCCCAUUCUUGUUCAUUGAAAUCGGGAACAAAAGAAAGAAAUGGGCCAUGGUGGUCAUGGUGUAA